GAGAAAGAAAGGCGCCUUUUAUUCCUCCCCUUUCUUAAGCAGAGGUAUCGGUCGUCAGCCUUCCCAUACAGUACAUUUUAUCUUCCGAGUUGGCUGACAGAGCAACUGAGCUGUGCUGCCCAGCCAAACUCAAUGGCUGAGCCCAGUCUGGAAUUCGGUCCUUCCUGAUAAAAAUCCAACAACUUGCAGAGUCAUAAAGGCGGGAUUAAAAACAUUGAACCGUAGCAGAAGCGUACUCUGCAAAAUACCAGAAAUUGCAGUUUCUGAGUUAGGUUUUAGGGGUGGAAGAGCUGUAAUGUCUGGCUAAUGUAGUGGUUGUUUUUUGUUUUUGUUUUUGUUUUGCAUGUCUAGCGUUGCUCCAGAAAUAAUGUUCUACUAGCCUAGGCUGGAUUUUGCAAAAAUCUGGAAGCCUUCCCAUGGGUCUCACCAAGCAGUACUUGCGAUACACGGGCACAGCCCUCUUUGGAGUGAUUGCCAGCCAGAAAGGCAAUAUUGCCUAUGUGACUCUGCGUGGUGAAAAAGGUCGCUUUGUUGCAGUGCCAGCCUGUGAACAUGUUUUUCUCUGGGAUACAAGGAAAGGAGAAAAGAUUCUCAUUCUUCAGGGCCCCAAGCAGGAAGUUACUGCUCUCUGCCCAUCCCCAGAUGGCUUGCAUUUGGUCAUUGGAUAUGAGGAUGGUUCAAUCUGUUUGUUCAGUCUCUUAAAUGGUGAAAGAAAUGUCACAUUCAAUGGCCAUAAAGCUGCUGUUACUGUCCUGAAAUUUGAUGAGCUGGGAGGACAUUUGGCAUCAGGAUCAAAGGACACAGAUAUCAUCAUUUGGGAUGUGAUCAGUGAGAGUGGUUUGUACCGGUUGAAAGGCCACAAGGAUGCAAUUACAGAGCUGCUGUUCUUGAAAGCAAAGAAUAUAUUGAUUUCUAGUGGAAAAGAUACUCUAGUAAAAUGGUGGGACCUCGAUACUCAGCACUGUUUUAAAACCUUGGUUGGGCAUCGCUCUGAAGUGUGGGGGUUAGCUUUGGUUUCUGAAGAAAGACUUCUUAUCACUGGGUCUGCUGACAGUGAACUGAGAGCAUGGAGCAUCACAUAUUCACAGGAGGACCAAGACUCUAGUGAGCCUGAAUACAAGAGAAGCAAAGGGCAUGUACAGAGCUUGGAAGAAUCUUCUGAAGAUGGUAAAGUGGAUGGUCAGGAUGAGAGCCAAAAUGAGGACAUGGUGGGGUGUGAGAAAGCUGGUUCUGUCAUGCGGGAAGGAAGGAAUCGUGUUGUUCGUCUUGCUACUGAUCGAUCGGGGAGAAUUCUCGCUUGCCAUGGAACAGACUCUGUCCUGGAAAUAUUCUAUGUCCUCAGCAAAGAAGAAGUUCAGAAGAAAUUAGAGAAGAAAUUGAAGAAAGCAAGGAAAAAAGCCAAGCAAAAGUCAAAUGUGGAAGAGGAAGAACUUGAUAUGAGUGUAGAGUGCAGUCUACAGGAAAAGAUUCAACGUCUUAUUAACAUCAAAGCUUCUGCUAAAGUCAAAUCCUUUGAUUUGAUACUCAGUCCAAAUGGAGAGCUGAAAGCCACCUUAAUGCUCCAGAACAACGUAAUUGAAUGUUACAGCCUGAAGUCAUCAGGGCAGUCUCCCCAGGUUGUGCAGUCAUCAAAGAUAAACAUUGGAGGUCACCGCACUGAUGUCAGGACAGUGCAAUUUAGCUCCGAUAACAUUGCCAUUCUCUCUGCUGCCGCAGAAUCGAUCAAGAUUUGGAACAGGUCUACCCUACAGUGUAUCCGGACCAUGGAGUGUGAUUAUGCCCUUUGCUCCCUUUUUGUCCCAGGAGACCGGCAGGUCAUGGUUGGAACAAAGAUUGGAAAACUGCAGCUAUUUGAUCUGGCUUCUGGGUGUUUAUUGGAAACUGUUGAUGCUCAUGACGGGGCUUUGUGGUCCAUAUCCCUUUCUUCAGAUCAGCGUGGUUUUGUAACAGGAGGUGCAGAUAAAUCUGUCAAGUUCUGGGAAUUUCAGCUGGUAAAAGAUGAGAACAGUAUCCAAAAGAGGCUCUCUGUGAAGCAGACACGUGUUUUGCAGCUGGAUGAAGAUGUUCUCUGUGUUCGGUACAGCCCCAAUCAAAAACUUCUGGCUGUUGCCUUACUGGACUGCACUGUGAAAAUAUUCUAUACUGAUACACUCAAGUUUUUUCUUUCUCUCUAUGGUCAUAAAUUGCCAGUGCUGUGCAUGGAUAUCUCUUAUGAUGGAGCAUUAAUUGCAACAGGCUCUGCUGACCGGAAUGUGAAGAUCUGGGGCUUGGACUUCGGGGAUUGUCAUAGGUCUCUUUUUGCCCAUGAAGACAGUGUAAUGUAUCUUCAGUUUGUUCCAAAGUCCCACCUCUUCUUUACAGCAGGAAAGGACCACAAGAUUAAACAGUGGGAUGCUGAUAAAUUCGAGCAUAUUCAAAUUCUAGAGGGACAUCACCAGGAAGUGUGGUCACUGGCCAUCAGUCCCAAUGGAGAUUACCUUGUCUCCUGCUCUCAUGAUAAAUCAUUGCGCCUCUGGGAAAGGACAAGGGAGCCCCUUAUUCUGGAGGAGGAGAGGGAAAUGCAAAGAGAAAUAGAAUAUGAAGAGAGUAUCACUAAGGAAGAUCAGCCAGUGGUUCCUGGGGAGACUCAAGGUGAGGUUGGAUUAGCUGGGAAGAAGACCAUUGAAACUAUCAAGGCAGCCGAACGGAUCAUGGAAGCCAUUGAACUCUACCGAGAGGAGACUACCAAACUGGAAGAGCACAAGGCCAUCUGCAGAGCGGCUAGAAAAGAGGUUCCUGUUCCUGUAAACCCAAUUCUCCAGGCAUAUGGCAAUAUUUCACCUUCUGCAUAUGUAUUGGAUGUUCUCAAAAAGGUGAAGUCAAGUGAAUUGGAAGAAUCUCUUUUGGUUUUGCCUUUUUCCUAUGUGCCUGACCUUCUAAUGCUCUUCAAUCAGUAUCUCCAAUUGGGUCUAGAGGUGGAGUUGCUCUGCCGGGUUCUCCUAUUUCUGCUCAGGAUACACUUUGGGCAGAUCACAAGCAAUCAGCUUCUCAUUCAGGUGAUGGAGAACCUGAAAAAAACCACCAUCUCGAGAGUCAGUCAAGUGAGAGAUGUUCUGGGAUUUAAUAUGGCUGGUCUCCAGUUCCUAAAGAGAGAGAUUGAAGCCAGGGAUGAAGUGACUUUUUUUGCUGAUGCUACUGACCGAUUUGAGGAUAAAAAGAGGAAGAGAAAGAAGAAACAGAAGAUGAUGCUUGCAGUGCUAUGAGGCAGUUUGCUGAAGGAUUUGUUGCUGCACAAGAACACUGUGAUGCACACUUCCACAUGCUAAGGGGUGUGAUCCUCAUGGGCUUGGGAGAGGGUGAGAGAUCUGGGGAAAAGUCAUGCUGAGUUUUUACCCACAGGUUUUGAGAUGGAUUGUAGGAGAUAGGACUAUCCCUUCUUACGUGUUCCCUGCUCUUAGCUGCUGCAACUUCUCCUGACUUGUUGCUUUUGCUCUUCUUUAAAAGGCCACCUCCUAUCCCAGGACCCCCGAUUGACUCUUGUCCCAUUCCUCAUAAUGCCAAGUCAUGAGGGUAGAGCUUCCUGCCCUCUUGCUGGACAGAUGAAUACUUUAGCCCUGUUUCACAACAACACUCUUCUCUCCACUCUCUGAAGAAAGAAAAAAAAAGUUGUUCAGAUUUCAUGUGGAUAUGAAUGAUGUGUUUCAUACAUUAUAGCUCUUUGGCCUGAUCUGACAAUUGAUCUGUCUUUGCAAUUUGAGGUUUCAUUUGUACUCACUUUUCAUUCUCAUUUUUGCUAUUUAAUGAAUUUGUCAUUUCAGUAAUAGUUUGCAUUUGACUCAUUAUUUUCUGACUUUAGCUUUGGGGUGGAAAUGGGACCUAGUGUUUUAGUAAUUUAAAUGGAACAGUAUAUUCUUUCUCCAUGGGCGACAAAAUUCAGAUUUUUAGGGUUGUAUGACUUCAAUUGCAUAUUAGUUGCCAUUUGUAGUUCCAUAAAUCAUUUGCUCCUCUAUGGUACAAGACAUCUUGAAUCCCAAGAAGAUUCUUCUAGCUGGCAUUCUGAAGUUAAAAAUUAGUUCUCCAGAUAUGUAGUAAGAGAAUGAAGCUAACUUUUUCUAGCCUAA